UCUCUCUCUCUCUCUCUCUCCCCCUCCCUCUAUUACCCUUUUUCACUGUCUCGCCGCCGAUUGGAGGCAAUGGCCACGGAAGAAGACCAGACGAUGCAUUAUGCCCGACCAAAAUUCAUGUCGGGUUCCGGUGACGGCUUUGAUGCUUCGAGGAAGAUCGUCCCUGUUAGUCCCGAUGCCACGGCCGGAUCCUCUGUCGUACUACGGACAUCCACUGGAGUCCGAAUCUCAACCCUAACGGAGGAUCAGACCGGCGCGUCAAAUGGUUCAAGUUCGGAUCUCCGAGCGGAUGAUGGGUCGGGUCAUAGGGCGGGGAUUUCGUAUUUUGCAGAAAAAGAGCUAAGUGGUGCUUCUGCUGAAAACUCUGUGAAACCCUGUGAUGGGUUUGGGUGUAUGGAGAAGGAGAUGGUAGAAUCUGAUUCUGUUUGUCCGCGGAAACUAGAGAUCCGUGUGAAGGAGGAACCCGAUCUGCAUGUCGAGAAUCGGGUUUCUGCUCAAGAAGAAGAAAUGGUUGCUGAUUCUGUAUCGAAAUCCGCGGAUGACACUCUUUCAAGACUCUCAGGCAAUGGGUGUUGUAAUGUUAAGGUGAAAGAAGAAACCGAUUCAGGAACUCGGUCAGAAGAAGAAACAGUGCAAGAUAAAGCCGCAUUUGGUCCUUUGGAUGAGCCUGGAAAGAAAGAAGAGAUUACCAAAGUCCAGGAUGAACAGCCAAAGUUCAAUGAUGGUGGGAAGACAUCAUCUCUAGAAGAGAUAAAGAUGGAAAAAGAGAUCGAAGCUUUUUUUGAUGGCGUGGGAGCUCGUCUUUCAGCAAGAAGAGAGGAGGAUCUGCACGCAAAAAGGUCAGCACCAACGGAUGCCAAUAUUCAUGCAACAAGGCCGAAUCCCCCUGUAGCUCCCAAAGUGAAACCAGAGAAUCUGAAUUCCCGUGUGAAAGAAGAGAAGAGAUAUGUUCAUGCACCGAAACCCGUGUAUGUGAAGAAGGAAGUGAUUGAAGAAAAGAUGGUAGUGGAAGAUGGGGAUUUUCCAGUGGAGAAAGAAUGGUAUUUGGUAGGAAGAUCACUGGUCACAGCUAUUUCCACAUCUAAAGGGAGGAAAUUGGUGGACAAUGAGAUUGUUUAUUUCAAGUUUCCUACUGUCACCACCAAUUGGAAAUGCGCUAAUAUUGUUCGUUUCUCUACAAAAAGAAAUGGAGAGAUCGGUAGGCUUCCAAUGGAGUUGUCGAACUGGGCAACGUACCUUGCACGUUCUGGAAAGGUCAAAAUGCUUGGUAGAUGUGUAGCUGCUCCAGCAAAUCUUCAAAUGAUGCAAGAUAUUACCUUAUAUGUCAGUUUUUACAUUCACAGCAUGAUAUUUACCGAUGUGAACAAGUCAACCUGGUGCAUCGGUAGCCCUCCAAACAUAGAUUCCAUGAUUUAUCCGCUCCGUCUGCUUUUCAAGCACCUGAAGAUCAAGCCUUAUCAACAGGCGGAGUUCACGGUUCAGGAACUUAACUCCAACAAACGUUUGCUGAAUUUGGAGGAUGACUCGGACAAAGAAGCGGCUAUGCUGCCCGUACUGAAAAGAAGAAGGGGUUGCGAGCAGAACAACGAAGAUAACCAAGAUGUUUCCGAGACAUCUCUCAACAAAAUUGUUGGAGCUGCAGAUUCAUACAACCUGGAGGAAAUGGAACCACCGAGUACGCUCAUGUGCAACCUGAGGCCGUACCAGAAACAAGCUCUCUACUGGAUGUCAGAAUCUGAAGAAGGAAUUGAUGUUGAAAAAGCAGCUGAAACUCUUCAUCCAUGCUGGGAAGCCUACCGAAUCUGUGACGGGAGGGCACCCUCAAUUUAUGUGAAUGUCUUCAAUGGCGAAGCAACAAUCCAGUUUCCGGCUGCAACACAGAUGGCGAGAGGCGGAAUACUUGCAGAUGCUAUGGGACUUGGGAAAACCGUGAUGACGAUUGCGUUAAUACUAGCACGGCCAGGUCGAGGUAGCCCAGAUAAUGAAAAUGCCAAUGUUACAGGAAAUAUGAGCCAAAGGGCCAGACAAAGCUCUCAAAAGGCAAAAGGAGGCACUCUUAUUGUUUGUCCCAUGGCUUUGUUGAGCCAGUGGAAGGAUGAAAUGGAGACUCAUUCGAGUCCGGACAGCUUAUCUGUGUUAGUUUGCUACGGAGGUGACAAAACAAAUAACCCUAGGGUGAUUGCAGAUCAUGAUGUGGUCUUGACAACAUAUGGUGUCUUAUCCUCAGCUUAUAAACAAGAUAUGGAGAAAAGUAUAUUCCACAGGGUGAACUGGUACAGGGUAGUGCUGGAUGAAGCUCACACGAUUAAGUCAUGGAAGACUCAAGUGGCCAAAGCUGCGUUUGAGUUGUCGUCUCAUUGCAGAUGGUGUCUUACAGGAACUCCCUUACAAAACAAACUCGAAGAUCUUUACAGUCUUCUAUGUUUCCUGCAUGUCGAGCCAUGGUGUAACUGGGCAUGGUGGAAUAAGUUCAUUCAAAAGACUUACGAGAAUGGAAAUCCACAAGGGCUGAAGCUUAUCAAGGCGAUCUUGAGGCCGUUGAUGCUGAGAAGGACAAAGGAAACACGAGACAAUGAAGGAAGACUAAUACUUGAACUCCCUCCAACCGAUGUCCAAGUUGUUGAAUGUGAACAAUCUGAAGAGGAACGUGACUUUUACACCGCCCUUUUCAAGAGAUCCAAAGUCCAGUUCGAUCAGUUUGUGGCACAAGGCAAAGUUCUUCACAACUAUGCAAACAUCCUCGAGCUCUUACUCCGUUUGCGUCAAUGUUGCAACCAUCCGUUUCUCGUCAUGAGCCGGGCAGAUUCACAGAGGUAUGCAGACUUGGAUAGACUUGCGAAGAGAUUUCUGGACAAUAACAUGGAUUCCAUGUCCCAAAAGCCGGCUCCUUCUCGAGCAUAUGUUGAGGAGGUCAUUGAAGAUAUACGAAAAGGCGAAAGCAAAGAAUGUCCAAUAUGCUUGGAAUCUGCAGAUGAUCCAGUCCUCACGCCUUGUGCUCACAGAAUGUGCCGGGAAUGCCUCCUUUCCAGCUGGAGGGCUCCGACAUGUGGUCUAUGCCCGAUUUGCAGGACGACAGUGAGCAAGAACGAGUUAAUCUCUUGCCCAACUGAGAGCAAAUUCCGAGUUGAUGUGGUGAAGAACUGGAAAGAAUCUUCCAAGGUAUCGAAGCUGUUAUGGUUCUUAGAGAGGAUACAGAGAUGCGAAAAGAGCAUCGUCUUCAGCCAGUGGACUUCGUUUUUUGAUCUUCUGGAGAUUCCGUUGAGGAGAAGAGGAAUAGGGUUUCUCAGAUUCGAUGGGAAGCUUGCACAGAAAGCAAGGGAGAAGAUCUUGAAGGAAUUCAAUGAAAGCAGUGAGAAGAGAGUUCUUCUAAUGUCUCUGAAAGCAGGAGGAGUCGGUCUGAAUCUAACCGUAGCUUCGAACGUCUUUCUCAUGGAUCCAUGGUGGAAUCCGGCAGUGGAAGAGCAAGCGAUAAUGAGAGUUCAUCGAAUCGGCCAGAAGCGAACAGUUCGCGUCCGGAGAUUCAUCGUUAAGGAUACGGUGGAGGAGAGGAUGCAACAGGUUCAGGCGAGAAAGCAACGGAUGAUCGCCGGAGCUCUUACCGAUGAAGAAGUCCGAUCUGCUCGUCUCGAAGAGCUCAAAAUGCUAUUCCGAUGAGGAGAUGUUCAUAUCUAUCUACUUGCAUUUAUAUUUAUCGAAUUUCAUUAAGCAACCUUUUUAGCAUAUAUAUA